AUGAGUAAAAAGAUUGAUAUUCAAGAGAGAAAUCAGCAGUUCCUAAAAGAGCCAGGUGUUGAAGAUUACAGAAGAAUUCAUGAUGAUAACCUUGUCCAGCUUAGAAAAAAGAAAAGGAACGAGCACCUUGCCAAACGGCGCGCUUUUGGCACAGAUCGUGCCACUCAAGCUGAGGAUUCCCCAGAAAUGGUAUCUGAUGCAAUAAGAUUUGACAUAAGUUCAGUGCCAGAAGAACUUGCCAAAUAUGAGAGGCAGCUUGUAAACCCUGACCUCAGCCCCACAAAUCGCCUAAAUACUCUUAUAUCACUUAUUAUCAGCAGCACAUCUAUGGAUUUGUUAAAACUAUCAGUCCGGACUCUAAGACUAGUACUUACAUAUGAUGAAACUAACCCAUGCAAAUACAUAGGAGACUCAGGAAUCUCUGCAAAGCUUAUUCAAUGUGUGCUUUACCCUGACAAAGACCUCCAAUACGAAGCGGUAUGAUGCAUUACAAAUUUAUCCUCAGGAGAAGACAAAGUUGUAGAUGAGCUCUUAAGGCUGAAUGUGAUUGAAGCUUUGAGCAAAGUUUUCAAUGAAAAUCCUUCUUCAGAUAUUGCAAACCAAGCUGUUUGGGCAUUAGGGAAUAUUGCAGGAGGCUCGCAAGAGCAGAGAGAUAAAGUUGUUAACUGUGGGAUCGGGGAGUGGAUUAUAAAACAGAUUUCAACGUCACAAAGGAUGACGGGAACCUCGCUGAAUACUAUGGUUUGGACCUUAGCUAACCUUUUACGAGGCAAAACUCUUCAGCAAGCAAGUCUUUUCCAAGAAUUUUUAUCUAUUUCACUGAAGCUUUUAUGCUUAGAUAACGAAGAUAUACUAAGCGACACACUAUGAGGAUUUGCUUAUGCAAUGGAUGGAGAAGUUGGAAGAAUUCAGCCAGUUUUGAACACAGGUCUAGGAAUGAGAAUAGUCCAAUUAGUAGGCUCUGAAAGCUAUAAGAUCAAGCUGCCUGCAUUAAGAGUUAUAGGGAACAUUCUCCUUGGAGAUGAACUCCAAACACAAACAAUAAUAGACUACGGAGUCAUUGAUCAGCUUGUACCUUUAGUAAACAGCCAGAAUAAGCUGCUAAAAAAGGAUGCAGCCUGGUGUAUAAGCAAUAUUUGUUCAGGCUCAGUAUCACAAGCCGAAGCUAUUUUAGCACAUGCUGGGAUCGCCUCUAUUGUAGCUCUUUUGAGAGAUCCUGAUUUUAGCAUCAAGCUAGAAGCCUGCUACAUUUUUGUGAACUCCACAAACAGAGCAAACUCCAAUCUAAUAAUUAAUUUGCUUCAAUAUGAAUUAAUAGAAGAGCUCUGCCAACUGAUUGACCACCAAGACUCAAGAAUCGUGAUACUCUCACUCCAGACCAUUUGAAAUAUCCUCAAACACAGCAAAGCAUAUAUGAUUUUUCAUAAUGAGAACACUGAUAGAGCCUUACCAAGACUUGAUGAAGUUGGAGGCAUCUCUAAAAUUGAGAGCCUGCAAGGCCACCGAAAUUAUGAUAUCUACCAAAAAGCUACAGAAGUCAUAAAAGAGUUCUUAGGUGGAGAAGAGGUCUCGCAAAAUGCAUAUCAGCAGGGAAACUUUGAGUUCUAA